AUGGUGUUCUAUCUUCUUGACAAUGGAGCUAGUUUAGAUAUAAAGGACGAUGCAGGCAAUCUACCAAUCGACUAUGCUAAGGACCACGUGAUCAAUCAGAUGAUCUUGCUAAGGUCACCUAUAGAGGAUAUUGUAUAUUCAAAAGAUGCACCACCAAGUACUAGUAAUCUUUCCGUUGAAGUCAAGUCAUCUAACAACCAAAAAGUUGAUCUAGGAUACCAUGACGUGUCAAUCUUUAUCCCUCCUGGCGCUGUUCUCCAUGAUGACAAGGGCGAGAUCACACUUACAGUCUUACGAGAGCUACCCGGUUUCGACCUUCACGAAGAUGAAUCAGUUGCCUGCUAUGGAAUCAGAUGUGAUCCUCCACAUAUGGUCUUCCAGUAUCCUGUUGAAAUUAAAAUACCACACUCUUCAGUGGUCAUUAAUCCAGAUCAAGUGAAACCAGACAUCGUUUCUCGUGUAUGGGACUCGGUCAAUGAUCUACCAAGAACUUCAAGACAGAGAUCAUCCAACUCAUCGGACGAGCCACCAUUCUGCAGAAUAUACGAAAGGCAUCUAGAGCUCUACAUCACCCACUGUGCUGAGUGGUGGGUUCUUAUUCCUCUUGAACAACAGGUGAUCCGACAGAAACUUAUGUGCACUCCAUACAUCCCAGAUAAGAUAGAGAAGGGUCAAGAAUUUUCAAUAAAUCUCCAGAUGUAUAACGAUCUUCCUGGGACCGAACGGAUUUUACGAGAGGAGGCGAAGCAACAAUUUUACCACAGAUGUCACUGCUCAGUUCCUUUCAGCAUUGAACCCAGGUCUGGUGACGUCACGAUCACGUGCCAACGUGAUGGAGAAGAAAUCGAAAGCCAGGUCCUCUCUGUGAGGGAUCUUCAAACCAAGAUGAAACAGUGUGUUACACUAUACGUACCUCCAUGUGCAGAUGAUGUUGACUUUACAGUGAUUACAAUAACAAUUGCACAGUCUGGAAAGCACGGGAUAUCACGAUCUAUUGCUUUUGUCCCAAGAUACAUAGAUGGACCAGAGUGGCCAUCUCCAUCUGCAGACAUAAACUUCAAUCGGACGUUAGAAAAAGUCCAGAAAAGUGACUUGCAGUCGGACAUUGAUGUCCUUACAAUAGCCCAAUCAAUGGAUGUAAAUCAGUUCUAUGACAUAGGCGUAGCUCUUGGUUUCACCAUUGCUGAACUGGAUCGCAUAGAGUACAGGAGAUUCAAGGACAGACAACAAGCCACCUAUGACAUGCUCGUGGCAUGGAGAGGGAGACAAGAAUCUAUCGUAGCAGCAAAGAACACACUCAUCACAUUCAUGGAAUCUUUCCAAUCAUCAGCAACUGAUAUAUCUAUUUCAGACAUUGGACCGAAUGAAGAGAUUCCUGAUAGUAUGUUGUUACAAGUUGCCCGUUGCAUCAGCAAAGAAAAGUUUUAUGAGAUUGGCAAUCAACUGGGAUUUGACAGGACAGAAUUACAGCACAUCGAACAACGAUCGUUGUACAAUAGAAAGGAUGCUAACAUCCAAAUGCUCUCGAUUUGGAAGGCAUCCCAAACAUCAAUGGAUAAAGGAGAGGAGAAACUGCACAUGGUCUGGAAAUCUGUUACCGAAACGUCUCAAGCGACUUGCACGAAUGAUGCUGAGGAUGAAAAAGAGGAAACUGAUGGUGAGACCCCUCUGAAGCCGGAAGAGAAUCACAACCCAUCACCUCAACAAGGAUCAGAACUAGAUGAAGACAAAUACCAUGAAGAAUGGAAGAUCAUCGAAUACACAGAGUCAGACCAAGAUGGAACUGUUGAAGACAUCGACGUGCUUGGGGGUUCACCGAGUAAUGGCGAACUGUGUGGAGCCGUUCGCCUGGUUGGAAAUCUCAAUACGGCUUUGGACCUCAGUAGAGCUCUCCGUGUCGACGACGACAUUAUAGGUCUUAUAGCUCCUUCCAACCCUGCACUAAUGGAAAGACUAGCAUGGCAACUCAUCAACCAAUGGUAUAGACGUUUAGGAAAACAGGAGAAGGAAGAGAAGUUGGCUAGGCUUCUGCAAGGAUAUCACAUCGAAGAAACUCAAACAGAUAUUUCUGAAAUCUCCAAAAAGAUUCACACGAAUCCAGACCUCCUACACCUCUCACAGUGGCUGGGUCUAUCAGCUUCCGAAAUUCUGAAGGUGAUGGCGUCAUGUCUGUCCUUGGAACCUGCCAUGAUACGUCAGGUUGCUCUACAGAUUCUUCAGAAAUGGACAAAACAAGGAGGAACAAGACUGAGGUUGCUUGAAAUUGCUAGAGCUUUUCAUUUUAACGAUGCUGCAGAGCAGAUAGCCACAGCAAUUUCACAACAUCCAGGCUUCCCGGAUCCGUUUUCACAUGCCACCAUUGAUCACAAUGGUGGAGAGUUGAAGCUUCAUGACCUUGGAAUCAGAGUAUCCAUUCCUUCGGGUGCGAUCUCAAAAGGAAUGAGAUCAAUUGCUACUCUAUGUGUCCCUAGGAGUAAUUCAUUUAACAUUCCCCUGGAUAAUGGAGAGGUUCUCGUGACACACAUCAUCCGAUGUUCCUUCUCGCAAGAGCUUCGUAAACCCGCGGCUGUGACGCUUCCACACUGCAUCCUCUCAGAUCGAUAUCAACAGAAGAAGGAAGACUUGUGUUUGAAGUUAUAUACCAAACUAGGACAAGGACAAUUUGGUUGCAGGACUAUUGAAUCAUCGAAAGGUUUUGAGAUCUCAGAAGACAGGAUUACAUUCUCGACACGUCAUCUUGAGUACUUCGCUUUGUCUUCGAAUGAUGUCCGAGGAAUUCAUUUCAUCUGUGAGGUGUCACAACCUCUCUUCAAGUGCAACACUCCACAGCCCACUCUACGAAUCCGCAUAGCACAUCCUUACAACAAAGACUCUGCAGUUCAAGUUGGUCCCUUACUCUCAGGAGGAUGUAUUACAGCACACUUCAAUCUACAGCCCUCUAGCGGCCAGAAAAGUGUCAGUGUCAGCAUUCAGCAGGGUUCAUCCACACAGGCAGAACAAGAAAUACACAUUUCUAGUGAAGUGGAACCUAAUUACGAACAGCCUCACAGAAGAGGCAGAAUACGGUUUGUUUCAAACUACAUGCUACGAAUGCUUUCAGGUAUAGACUGUGAAAUAAAGGAUGCGCGUGAGCUUGGCUACAAACUAGGUUUCUCCAAUUCGAUGGUCAGCAGGUACCUUUCCAGAGCAGACUCCUCGGCCAGCAGUGUCUCAGGAUCAGGUCUUAAAGAGAUGCUUCAAGACUGGAGAAGGCGUGUACGACCUAGUGAGCAGGUUAAUGAACUUCGCCUUGCUUUAGAGGCCGCGGGAUUGAGACGUGAAUCGGAAGUUAUCUUUCAAGAAAAUUGA